AUGGAGGACCUCAAACAGCGUCGAGCCGAUUUCGAGGCGGCUUGUGUACAGAGCGAGAAAGAUCGGUUGGAUCGUCUGUCACGAAGACUCGAAACGGCUGAGGAACAACAGAAAGAGCGUGACGGUAAGUCUCACUUUAUGAGGUUUAUCUCGAUACUUAUCGUCACUGACAACUGGCAUCGUAAGCCAGGUCAUAACUUUCACAUGUCCACUGCUCGUCUCUGCACUUGGAGGGGAUCGAGUCUUGGAGCUUGA